CUGCUAUCACUUGACGUGCACAUAUAGUGUCUACAGUGUUUCACUUUGUGGCCAUUAAGGCGUGUCACAUUUAGGCACUGAGCUACCAAAGUGUCAGUGAGAAAAUGUAUUAGUCUCAUAUUUCUGCUUACGUUGCGUAAUAUUCCAAGUUCCGAGUUGUCGAACGCACCACAGAGUUGAACAUUUCCUUAAACUGUACAGGCACAGUCCGUUCAGUUAGUAGGGCAGGCUGACACCAACUGUGUCUGACUCAGUCUCCUAUGCUAAUAGUAUGAAAUUCCCUGGCGUGUUGAACUUUGAGGAAGUAAGCUUUGCUCAAUUUGAAGAUAGUUUGCCUAGUGUGGACGCAAGACAAGUGGAAACAAUGAUCCCUGACGGAUAUUCCGGUCCCUUUGAUAGGGACACCAAUAUUAUACCAUCCGGUGUGAAAACCUUUUCGAUCUAUGAGCAUUUCUCUCCCGAAGAAAGUAAAAACGAUUACCGUCGUGUUCUUCCUGAUCUUUGGAAGAACGUCUUCGACUCGGAGAAAACGUCAAGCACAGAUAAAUCAGCGUUGUCUGGCACAGGGCAAGUCAAUUACCAUGGAGUACGUGUCAAGAAGACAGUAAAGGAGUUAAUAAUGCAGAAACGGCUUCGUGAAGACAUCCAGACACAACCGGGACAACAACUUGAAAAAGAGUGCCCAGUUUUGACAUCCAUGCUGCAGGUGAAUAGAAGGCCGUCCACUGACGUGCUUGCUCCCACUCAGUGUACAACACCAUCUACAAACCACACUAACAUAUUGACCCAGCAGAGACAUGGCGAUAUGAGCCCAGCCCUGUCUGAACACAUGUUCAGUAUGCCGCAGAGCCCCCCUUUUUUCACAGACACUGGGGUGCCCCAGGAUGGAUCCUCCCCAAUCACCCUUCCCGUCCUGGACAACAAAACCCUAAGCCCACUCUUUGCCAGUUCCUACAACUCCCUCUUUGCCCCAAGCUCUCAGGCUCAAAGUGUUGAGAGGACUUGGUCUUCUCCAUUCCAGUUUGAGAUCCCCCGGUCCCCGCCACUACUCCAGGAGAGGUCUACCCAAAUGUCUUUCUUCCACUGGCAGAUCCAGCUGGAGGAGGAGAAACUGGCCGGACUGACCAUUGACCAUUUAAGCGCACAGGAUGAGGACGGUGACACAUACCUCCACAUUGCCGUGGCACAGGGUAGGAGGGCUGUGGCCUAUGUGUUGGCAAAGAAGAUGGCUAAUUUCGGCAUGCUAGACUUGAAAGAACACAACAACCAGAGUGCACUUCAAGUGAGUGUGGCAGCAAAUCAUCACCUCAUUACUCAGGAUCUGUUGAGUCUGGGUGCCCAGGUGAACACGAGGGACUCUUGGGGACGCUCCCCGCUGCAUGUAUGUGCAGAAAAGGGUCAUGUGCAUACUAUACAGGCCAUACAGAAAUCCACGCAAACCAAUGGCCAGCAGGUUCAUGUAGAAAUCAUGAAUUAUAAUGGCCUGACUCCUUUACACGUGGCUGUCCUGGCUCACAAUGCUGUGGUUCAGGAGCUGGAACGGAGUGGCGAUCCGAUGUCCCUGCAAUCUAUGGGAUUAGCGCAAAACAGAAAGCAGUUGAAGGAAUGUAUUCAAACGCUGAUGGCUAUGGGUGCCUCUUGUGGGGCAAAGGAUCUUAAAAGUGGACGCACAGUGCUGCACAUGGCUGCUGAAGAAGCCAAUAUGGAGUUGCUAAGCCUGUUUCUUGACCAGCCACAGUCACUGUCAGUCAUUAACCUGAAGGCAUAUAAUGGAAACACAGCACUGCACCUAGCGAGUUCACUACAAGGUCGCAUAGCGCAGGUGAACGCUGUGAGGCUGCUGAUGCGUAGAGGAGCGGACCCUAGUGCCAAGAAUCUGGAGAAUGAGCAACCCGCUCAACUGGUACCAGAGGGUGAGAGAGGAGAUCAGGUGCGCUGUAUCCUGAAAGGGCGUGGUAUACAGGGUCGGACAACCCUUCAUUAGGGUUUAUUUUCUUAGAAACACUGUCAGUAAGACAGUCUGAUAUUUGUACAGUAAUCAUUUGCUAAUAUGGAGCAGAUGUAAGUUGUUUCUAUGAAACAAACCUAUUAUUGGUUGCUACUAAGUAGCGAACAGAGACAUGAGUACUGUUUCUGGUCUUCUUUUAAAUGCCCAUUUUGAUUGAAAUCUAAACAAAAGUGACAGCUAAUGAGAUUGAGACAAAGUUAGUGAUCAACUGGUGUGUAUUUCUUAUCUCCUUUUUACAUUGUAUACUGGCAGAGGUUUUUGUUUUAUCUCAGUUCUGAACUGCAUAAUGUAUUGCAGGCUAUAGUUUAUGAGCUUUGUGUUCCAAAAUAUGUUGUAAUUAUGGUAAUUAUGGAAUGCUUUAAAUAUCAACGGUGUUGAUUGGUGCAGCACAUGAAAAACAAACAAAACAAAUCGCCAAACAGGUGUCAGUAUAUUUUCUAAUCAGACAAUUAUUCUAUCAUGACCUGUACGAGGAAGGUUAUGUUUUCAGCUGUAUUCAUUUGUUUGUUUGUUUGUUGGUAGGUAGGUAAACAUUACUGGCCUGAUUUUCUUGAGUCAUGGUGUAAAGGUGUGUGGGCCAAGGUAGAACCUGUUCCAUUUUGGAGUGGAUUAUAAUUUGGCGUUUGCUUUUGCUGUUGGGCGUUGGCAGAGGUAUGGCACUCUACUGAAUGGCAUGCUAGUUAACAAGGGGUUUCUUGCAGCACAGCACACUGCUCAAUCUUGAUCUUUCUUCGAGCAAUACAGUUCAGAUCAUGUAAAUAAUAUAGAUAAAAUGACUGUAUUAACAGACCAUUUUAACAUUGUGGCCUACAGACAUAGCCUGUAGAAAUGGCAAUGGUCAGUUAAACCAUUGACCAAUAUGAUUGGUGUACUUCUGAUGAAAGGGUGUGGUAUACAGGCUCGGGCAACCCUUCAUUAGGGUUUAAUUCCUUAGAAACACUGUCAGUGAGACAGUGUGAUAUUUGUACAGUAAUCAUUUGCUAAUAUGAGGCAGAUCUGUGGACGUUUUUCAAAAUAGAAAAACAGCACUUUUUUAUAUAUAUAUAUAUUUUGGGCUUUUCAUGCGUUUAAUCAGACAGGAGAGUGGAGAGCGACAGGAAGUGUGUGGGAGAGAGAGUUGGGGUGGGAUCCAGAAAGGACCACGGGGAGGGAAUUGAACCCGGGUCUCCGGCAUACGGUGCAGGUGCCCCAGCCAGUUACGCCACAGCUGGGGCUUUCUUUGUUUGUUAAUGAGGCUGUUGGCGUGCUAAUGAGAUCAUUUUAUGCAAGAGACAGUCAGCUGAUCAGGCAGUUCUUCAACGUGGCCUGGGAUACUUUGUGUUCACACUUCUAAAAGAAUGAGGUCAUAUUCAGUACAGAUCAACUCCAGAACUGGUCUCAAAUGCAUAUUGCAUUUAGAGGCAUCAAAUCACAAUCGGAUAGGAAUAUACCAAUAUUCCGAUAUUCCAAUAUUCCGAGCUCUUUAAGGGUCUUACACCGAGUUACAGACCGACACAGAUGUCAUUAUUUUUUCUUUGUUUUUUCUUCAUCCUGAAAAAAGUGCUGUUGUGACUGUCCUAACUUGUAUAUAGCAAUAUAGCAUAUAAAUAUAGCAUAUAAAAUACUUUUGAAUGUCAUUUUUAGAUUAAAAAAAAGAAUUGUAUCUUAUCUAUGAAAUAUUCAUUUAAAUAGCUGGUGUUUGUUUGCAACCAAAUAUGGUUAUUCUGUGUUUGAGUGCUUCAUUGUUUCACUGCUUUUAUUUUUUUGUAGUUUAGGUCAAUAUUUGAUUUCUGUCAGAAAAUAAGAAGGAAACAGAAAAUACUUUGAGCAGAAAAGCAGAACCUUUAACUUGACUUGGGAUGUUUCUGUUAAAUCCUACAAACUAACAUGUAAAGUCAGUCACUGUUAGAUACAUAUGUUGAGCUGUGUAAGUCAUUUAAGAUUUUUCUUAUUAAGCAGAUGGUUAGUUAAUAAAGUAAUAUGUAAGGGAUAAUGUAUAGAAUGCCGGUCAUUGUUGGGAAAAUAAAUCCCGACAGUGAGCGAGACCGGACCCCAACACGCCAGAGGAGGGGUCUGGCUUCGCCCUGAAGGGACUUAUUUAUAACAAUUGAAUAAUUAUAGGGCUUAAAGUGGUCAGUCACUGUGUCUGAAUUGAGGUGUGGGUCAGGGGUGCGUUUCCCAAAAGCAUAGUUGCUAACCUGUUAGCAACUUGGUUGGCAAUGGGAAAUUGCAUUGCAACCAACAAAGUUGCUAACUUAGUUAGAUAAAAAUCAACUAACAACUAACUUAGUUAGCAACUAUGGUUUUGGGAAACGCACCCCAGGUGUAAUUGAGGUGGAGGCAAUUACAUAUUGUAUCCUUGUAUUGAUUUUAUGAUUGCAACCUAAAUAAAGACAUUGAAAAA